AUGGAAUAUGAGGAUUUGAUGACCAAACCUCUCCUCGACACCCAAGCGGAGGAAUGUCACCUCUCAUCCGGGGACUCUGACAGACAUACGCCAAUCAUUGAAGCGGCAGCAAACGGGAACCAUGGACUUGUGGAGACACAGAUUGAGCAAGGGGCUGCCAACGAUGACGGAAAGACUGCACUUUGGGCGGCUAUUUUGUCUAAAAAGGAAGAUAUAGUCAGACUGCUACUCGAACACGGCGCUGAUUUAUCUGUCAAAAAUAACGAGGGGGAAACUGUGCUUUGGGCAGCUGUUCGGUCGGAACAAGUCGAUAUUAUCAAACUCCUGCUCGAAUAUGGGGCGGACGUCUCAGCCACAGACAACGAAGAACGAACUGUACUUUUCGAAGCUGCUAUGACCAUUUUAAAUUGCCCUGAGAUUGUCAGUCUUCUUCUCGAGCACGGCGCUGAUAUCUCAGCCAAAGAUAAGGAUGGAAACGGUGUACUUUCGAAUGUGGUCAUGUCGAAUCAUGAGCUUGGGUUCUAUGUCCUCCUCAAUUGCGGUGCCGAUAUCUCAGCCAAGAACAACGAAGGAAAGACUGUACUUUGGGAUUCUCUUUUGGCGGAACAGGAGAAUAUGGUCACCCUCCUGCUUUCCCACGAUAUCGAUCUCUCAGCCAAAGAUCUUGAUGGAAGAACUGUACUUUGGCCAGCUGUUUUGGUAGAGAAUGAGGAUUUACUCCUACAACUACUCAAUGAAUUCGAAUCUAUCGAUGUUUCAGUCACAGAUAAUAAUGGGGAGACGCCACUUAUGGACGCCGCUUAUUUAGGAAGUGAGGUCGUAGUGGAUCUUCUAAUUUCUUACGGCGUCGAUGUCUUGGCCGCGGAUAACGAGGGAAACACUGCACUUAGUGACGCCGUUUUAUCAGGCAGGACGAAUAUUGCCGAACUGCUCCUCUACAACGGUGCUCAUAUCUCAGCCAGGGAUAACACCGGACAGACUGUACUUUGGAAUGCUAUCUAUACAGGAAGUGAGGCUAUGCUCAAGUUCCUUCUUUCUAACAACGCCGAUAUCUCAGCCAAAGAAAAUCUUGGAAGGACAGUUCUUUGGUUCGCCAUUGGCCUAAAGGAGAACUCGGAAGCUAUGGUGAAGUUUCUGCUUGAACAUGGCAUCGAUAUAUCUUCUGCUGCGAUAGAUGGGUCAACUGCUCUUCACUACGCUGCAAGCAAAGGAGCCCUCGAGGCUGUCAAACUCCUGGUAGAUCGUGGUGCCGAUACCUCUCUCUCAGAUGAUUCUGGAGAUACACCACUCACUAUCGCGAUACGAGAAGAACACAAAGAAGUUAUAAGAUUAUUGGGAGGGACAUGUGCUGAAUAG